AUGAAGUUCCAAUUGCUUGCUGCCUCUUUGGCUGCUGUCUCCUCGGUUGUCUCCGCCGAGGAAGCUCUUGAGCCCAGAGCCCUGCCUCUUGUUCAAUCGAACCAACUCCGUCGCGUUCUCCUCCGCUCAGAACUCCUCGCUAAGGCUCGUACACUCGAAGGCUUCGCUUAUGCCACUCCUCAACGGAACCGUCAGAUCUUCACUCCAGGUCACAAGGCAACUUAUGAGUGGCUCUACGAGUCUAUCAAGAAGCUCAGCGACUACUAUACUGUCGAGUACCAUGAGUUUUUGACUGAGUCUGCUACGGCAACCGUGACGGUUGAUGGUGUCAAUCUUGUUGCCGAGCCAUUGACUUUCACGUCUAGUGGGAAGCCAACUGGCGUGGUAGUCGCGGUUCCCAAUCUUGGUUGUGAUGCUGCCGACUACGCUGGUCUCGACCUCACUGGCAAAAUCGCCCUCAUCUCCCGCGGAACCUGCAAUUUCUCAGUCAAGACCCUCUUCGCCGGCUCAGCAGGAGCAGUAGGCACAAUCGUCUACAACAACGCCGACAGCGCCCUAGGUGGCACCCUCGGCGGCGAGAACCCUGCCUUUGUCCCCACGGUAAUGAUCUCCCGCGUCGACGGUCUCGCCCUCGUCGCUAGUUCCCAAUCCUCCACCAAGACCGCCUCCCUCGACGUCCUAGUUACCGAACUCCCAACCUACAACGUCAUCGCCCAAACCAAAGGCGGUGAUCAGAACAAUGUCCUCCUCGCAGGCGCGCACUCUGACUCCGUCAAAGCCGGCCCAGGAAUCAACGACAACGGCAGCGGGACCAUCGCCCUCCUCGAGAUCGCCCAACAACUCACCAAAUUCAGCACCAAGAACGCCGUCCGCUUCGCGUGGUGGUCUGCAGAGGAAGUCGGCCUCGUCGGCUCAACUAAAUACGUUGAGUCGCUCUCCGCCGAGGAACUCGCCAAGAUUACCCUGUACUUGAACUUUGACAUGCUCGCCUCCCCCAACUACGUCUACGCAAUCUACGACGGCGACGGAUCCGCCUUCAACAUCUCUGGACCUCCUGGCUCGGCUGCUGCCGAGAAGCUCUUCGAGGAUUACUUCACUAACGACGCCGGGCUGAACCACGUCCCCACCGCGUUCAACUCCCGCUCUGAUUACGCUGCUUUUGCAGCGGCGGGCGUACCUGUUGGGGGACUCUUCACCGGUGCGGAGGUGCUGAAGACGGAGAGGGAGCAGCAGCUUUUUGGCGGGCAGGCUGGUGUGGCGUAUGAUGUUAAUUAUCAUGCUGCUGGAGAUAAUGCCAAGAAUGUUAAUGUGGGGGCUUGGAUCCAGAAUAGCAAGGCGAUUGCGCAUGCGGUUGCGACGUAUGGUGUUUCUUUUGAGAGUUUGGGGAUUGGGAAGAGGGAGGAGAGGGUGGCUAAGAGGAGUAUGUGGAAGCAGGAGGUGCCGAGGGAGGAGGAUCAUGAGAGUCAUCAUGUUGGUGGGGGGUGUAGUCACUCGGUUGAGUUGGCGUAG